AAGAUACCUUGCAUGGCAUCACCCAGCAACUCCUCUACUAUACCAGUGUCGGAAUUCCUCCUCAUCUGCUUCCCUAACUACCAGAGUUGGCAGCACUGGUUGUCCUUGCCCCUCAGCCUCCUUUUCCUCCUGGCCAUGGGGGCUAAUGCCACCCUCUUGCUCACGAUCAGACUGGAAGUCUCUCUGCAUGAGCCCAUGUACUACCUGCUCAGCCUUCUCUCCUUGCUGGACAUUGUGCUCUGCCUCACUGUCAUUCCCAAGGUCCUGGCCAUCUUCUGGUUUGACCUCAGGUCCAUCAGCUUCUCUGCCUGCUUCCUCCAGAUGUUCAUCAUGAACAGUUUCUUGACCAUGGAGUCCUGCACAUUCAUGGUUAUGGCCUAUGACCGUUAUGUGGCCAUUUGCCAUCCCCUGAGGUAUACAUCCAUCAUCACGGACCAAUUUGUGUCUAGGGCUGCCACCUUUGUUGUGGCUCGGAAUGCCCUCUUUUCUCUUCCUGUUCCCAUCCUUUCUGCCAGACUCAGUUACUGUGAUGAGAAUAUCAUCAGUAACUGCAUUUGCACUAACCUAUCUGUGUCCAAACUUUCUUGUGAUGACAUCACGCUCAAUAGACUCUACCAAUUUGUGGCAGGCUGGACUCUGCUGGGCUCUGACCUCAUCCUUAUAGUUCUCUCCUACUCCUUCAUCUUGAAAACCGUGCUAAGGAUCAAGGCUGAGGGAGCUGGGGCCAAGGCCCUGAGUACCUGUGGUUCCCACUUCAUCCUCAUCCUCUUCUUCAGCACGGUUCUGUUGGUUCUCGUCAUC